CGCGUGCCGUAGUUCGAGGCGCGCAUUCGCGUGGGGUUCCAGCAGAAGACAGUCGCUCAGCGAGGUCGUCCGCAGGGCCUAAUUGGCAUUCCCGAUUCCUACUGUCGUAGGAGCAUCGAGGCAAAAUGGCCACCUGGACCGGGGACGACUGGCACGGCGAGGCGGAUCGUGACAUUGUUGAAGAGCCGGCCCGGGUGGCCGUCCGAAAUUCCAGCCUCGAGUGCGACAUCGACGCCUCGGUCACGGUGGCGCGCUCUAGCUACAUGGCCGCCGCGAAACGUUCUGGUCCACUUGUGGAUAUGCCAUCUGAAAAGUCUGGACUAUCUCUAGACGAGGACAGUCUCUUGGAAGGCGACCUAGACAAGGACUUCCCACGAGGUGAUGGCGCCCUCAUUCCAGGGUUCUCGGAUGUUUCCCUCCCCCCGAAGCACACCAUCACUGCCGAUCCAUUAGACUUGAGUUUGUCGGAGAGCGACGACUCGUUUGGACAGCAGUCGCCCGUGUCCAGACCCCUGGCCACGAUCCCGGAGGAGCCCGAGCUGGAGGAGCUCGAGAUGGAGCACCCACCCGAGCGCAACCCCGAGGAACUGAGCACGCACAUGGAAGAGGAGCCAGCUCCUCUCAUGCUCGACGCGCUGCCCAUUCAGGACCACGAGCUCUCCACAGAGGCCGGAAACGUGCCCGAAAAGCUGGCACCACCGCCAGCCGAAAGCCGGCCUGUGCCACCAUCGCUGUCCCAGCGAAACCAGCUGGGGCCACGCCGUAAGGUAACACCAGUUUCGAUCGAAGUCCAGAGUUCGGUAGGUGCCGAAUUCUCUCCACCUGUAAUGGCCAAGGGCUCCGUGGCCAACCAGUUCCUCGAGAAGAUUGGCCAGCUGCGUGGUGCCACGGUGUUGUCCGAAGGAGGCCACGACACGUGCACACUGGCCGAGGACCUCAUGAGCAUUGAGGGCUCCCAAAAGCAGCCGGACAAAUACAAAAAGGAAGAGUUCGGGGAGCUAUUCACCAAAAAGUCGGUCGUUGCUGCACAAUCCGCUUCAAAAUCGCAGGCCCAGUCUCAGACCGAAACAGAGGCCGAGUCCGACGACGAAGACUCCUCUGUGGACUUCGACCAUCUGCCGAUCCGAAGGCGCAUGGACAUUUGGAAGAGACGAGAGGACCGUGCGAUCCGCAAGGGCCUGAUACUGAUUCCCAAGGUGGGCAAGCAGGGCCGCUUCCCGAUAUCCGCUGCUGGCCUUUGACCUCUUCCCAGUCAUCGUUUUUCUUUUUUCUUUUUUUUUUCAACUUCUGUUUCCAAAAUAGACGACGACUUGUCUUCUGCGCCCUCAAGCUUGCUU